GAUAUUCCAGUCCAUGCCUUGAGGAGCUGCCCCUUCAGGAACUAGCCCAUCUGUUACCCUAAUUUGUUUUGACGCUGCUCGUACUUAGAGUAUGUGCAAAUAGUGUAGGUUUCGACGAUUGUGGGGGUUUCGCAGGGAGCUUCUUCGGAUGUGGAGGGUGUCCUCGAGGCUUAACUUACCACUCCCCCCCCCGCCCCGAAACAUAGAUGCUUGACUGUGUGAACGUAGUGAAUUGUCCGAGUGUGUGGACUUUUGCUCGGAGCUCGGAUUAUUGUGCUUGGGAGACUUUUAGGCAAUUGUGUAGCAGAGAAAUGGCGAUGGACAUCGUUGCUUCGUUGUGUGUUGAAUUGUUGCUAGGGUCACGAAGCUGAAUGUAGAUAGAUAGAUAGAUAGAUAGAUUGUGCGUGUGUUUGGUUUGGAGUUACAUUUGUAUUCUGUGGUGUGGUAUUUGUGUCACGGUAGCAGAGGGUUGUAUGUUAUUCAAUCGCGAGGGUAUGAUUGCGGGGUGAUAGCCAAUUCACAAUGGUACAGUAGUUCUUCGCGAGCCUCUUUGGGAGAUGAGUGCUUCAUUGUGGGGGAGGAAGUUGUGGAUUGCGAUUAGGUGUCUACUCUCUUUCAUGAAUUUUGUUUUGUCUAUCUCCAUUUGAAUGUGGUGUGAAGGUCUUGCCGAUCUCAAACAUUUUCGGAUACGGCUGAAACAGUUUAGGUAGCCGCUUUUUAGGUGAAGUUUUUCCAUGGCGUCCUCCUCAAAUGAUGAGUUCACCUUGUAUUACGAAGAGACUCCCUCUGUUAUCGACGUCUCCGUGUCACAAAUUCAAUCCAAGUCGAUUUACCCUUCGUUCUCGCAAGCCGCAGAGACUUGGUAUGGUUUAGUGCCUCAUACGAAAGUUAAGUAUAGCUGGAGCGAACCCCAUUGUGCAAAGAGUAAACGAAACAGAAGAGGAGGUGACUUAUUUUUUGCUAGGGUUUCUGUAUUCCAAAGCCUUGAAUCGUGGCAGGAAGGAGGUUUUGGCGAGUUUGUUAGGGAGAGCAAUCGCCGAAUGAAUCAAGUUUUCAGGUGCAUGACAAUUGUAGGAAGUAGCGCUGGCCGGAUGGUUAAACUGCCUCUGCUCGAAAGGGCUGGUAUCAGUGCUUUGGCUGGUGGCAUAGCUGGAGGCUUCACGAAUGCAACGCUGCACCCGAUUGAUACCGUUAAGACGAAGUUGCAAACUAGGGGUGCUUCAAAAUUGUACUCUGGUCCUCUUGACGUUGUCUCUAAGGUAAUUGCAAAGCAAGGCAUUGCAGGUCUUUACAGUGGAGUCCAGGCGGCUUUUGUGGGUUCCAUAAUUUCUUCCUCUAUCUACUUUGGGACCUAUGAACUAGGAAAGGGUGUCUUCACGUCAAUAGGCAAUUGCCCUAAAACCCUCGUUCCUCCUCUAGCAGCAGCUCUUGGAAACAUAACUUCUUCAGCAAUUCUAGUGCCGAAGGAAGUUGUGAAGCAGCGCCUGCAAGCUGGAAUGGUCGGUUCAGAAUUGGACGUAUUUCUGCAAACUAUUCGGACGGAGGGUAUUGGAGGUUUAUACGCGGGAUAUUCGGCUGCGUUGUUAAGAAACUUGCCAUCGAAUAUUAUCAGCUUCUCUACUUUUGAAUAUUUGAAACUCGCCUGGUUGAAAGACAGUGAAAAGACAACUCUAGAACCAUGGCAAAGUGUGAUUUCAGGAGCAGCAGCUGGAGCAUUGUCCGCCUCUUUAACGACUCCAUUGGAUGUGGCUAAGACUCGAUUGAUGACUCAGGCUCGUAAAUCAGUCACUAGUGCUGGCCUUUCUGGAGUUCGUGCAGAAGCAGCUGCUCGUGCACAAGCUAUAGCUGCGUACACUUAUACAGGCGUCGCUUCCACUUUGCAUCAAAUAUGGGUGGAGGAGGGAGCGCUCGGACUGACGCAGGGAAUGGGACCUCGGUUAUUUUACAGUGCGUGUUUUUCAGCACUUGGAUUUUUCGCAUUUGAAACCACGAGGGUCAUUAUACUUAAAAAAUAUUUGGAGGACAGAGCUGCAACUGAAAACGUUGAUGUUAGAAUCCUUAGAAGUUGAUGCACGUUUUCUGCUCUCAUAGCAGAUUUGUAAUAUUAGCGGUGUACGUGCACUUCUCCAAUCUCUCCAAUUUGUUAGUGGGAUAAUUGGUCCGUUCACGGGGCGAGCUAAUUAGUGACGUUUCCAGAUCCAAAGUGCUGCACGUGCAUUGGGUGCACCUAAGUUGAAGUGUGUAACCAUGCAUGGCUUCACUCUGCGAGUUUUCUCUUUCUCGUGAUUAGUCCCUUUCGGAAUGAGUGGUUAAUGCAAUUUCGCUUCUGAGCACACAUACGAGGACUGCCAUGAGAAUGUUUUUGAGUGUAUCUUGGUUUAAAGUAUUUAAUGCAAUUCAAAGACUCUGGAGCUCA